AUGAAGCUGAAACUCAUCAUAAAUGGUUCAGAGUCGCCAGAAGACUACAAACUGCUGAGAUCUACGAUUUCAACGGUGGCCUCGUUACGAAAAACAGCAGUGUUAAGGUUCACCAGUGAACGAUUGGUAAUAGUGUCCACACCAAGCUCUUCGACUCUUAGUAGCUCGGUUUUGCAUGGUGAUAAUGGCCAGUUAUGGUGUACCAUUCCGAAAGACGUGUUUUCAUCUUACGAAGUAGUCAGUGCUCGAGAUCUAAAUACAAUCACGAUGGAGUGCAGUUGCGAUGUCUUGCAAAACAUCUUCAAGAAGUAUGACAAAUCUAUCAACCAAGGCAACGAUGGCGAUAUGACUAUUAAGCUGCAAAGUAUGCCCGAAUGGAACGUCUCUGUAUCAUCGAACUUGGAGAGCGGCAAGGGUACCACUGCGGCCAAGACUAAUCCUGUGUGUGCACUGGGCGUUACCUUCGAAGAAGUCAUAAAUACCAAUAUGGAUGCAAACGCUGCUGUGAAAGCGGGUGGACAUGGCGAUGCUAAUGCUACCAAGAUCAUUUCCCAUUCGUUCAAAGUUCCGACCAAGCUCCUCUUCCGCGCCCAGGAUGCCAAAAUUCGAGAGCCUAUGAUCAACUACACACAGCUUAUGAUGUACAGACUGCCGACACCGUUGGGAGAAUGGGGCCGUGGGUUUCAAAGUUUUAUUCGGCGCAUAGAGCGGUAUUCAAAUGUGCACAACAUAAAGCUCAGCGGUAAAAAGUUCUGGCAGGACGACAGCAACCAUUCAAAUGACCACGAACUCAAAAUAAUUGUUAAUGAAUUGGAUUGGUAUCUUGAAAUAUGCUGGAAUGGACCGCUAGAUGCGAUGAUUCAACCACAAGAUAGAACCCAGGAACCUCCCGCAUCUCCGGCAGAGCAGAUGGCUGUUGACGUGGAGAUCGAUGUUGAAGAAACGCGCGAUCAAAGUCUGUUUAUCGAAGAAAGUGCUUCCAUAGACGAUUCUCAUGCGGAAACUACGGUUGACGCGAACGUCAAGGAUAAGACUGUUGAUCAGACUAACAACGAGUCGCCAUCUAAGCAUGAAGUUGUAAUACGAAGCAAAGAUUGGAAAGUUUGUUCAAAGCUGUAUGAAGCCUUCGAAGAAAUCGUGUUAGCUAUAUCCCAUGAUGAAUCGUGUGUGUUUCAUUGUACGCUCCCUCGGGGAAAUGUUGAAGACGAAGAAGGAGAGCAUCCUCGCGAACAUGGCCAGGUCAUAUAUUAUAUGGCAAGGGUAAGGAAGGUCUAG